GCUGAGGCAGAGGCAGGAAAGGAACCAUGUUCCCAGCUCGCCCUUGCCUCUGGGUCCUCGUGGUCCUGGGCUUCAGCUGGGCAGGCUGGGGGAGCCUAGGGGCUGAAGCUGCGCGGCUAAGGCAGUUCUACGUGGCUGCUCAGAGCAUCAGCUGGAACUAUCUCCCCGAGUCCACAAACCUUAGUUCGAAUACUUUUGCAACCUCCUUUAAGAAAAUUGUCUACAGAGAGUAUGAGGCAUAUUUUCAGAAAGAAAAACCACGAUCCAGAACUUCAGGACUUCUUGGGCCUACUUUAUAUGCUGAAGUUGGAGACAUCAUGAAAGUUCACUUUAAGAAUAAGGCAGACAAACCCUUAAGUAUCCAUCCUCAAGGAAUUAAGUACAGUAAAUUCUCAGAAGGUGCUUCUUACCCUGACCACACAUUCCCUGUGGAGAGGAUGGAUGAUUCUGUAGCUCCAGGCCAAGAAUAUACCUAUGAGUGGAAUAUCAGUGAGGACAGUGGGCCCACCCACGAUGACCCUCCAUGCCUCACACAUAUCUAUUACUCCUAUGAAAAUCUGGUACACGACUUCAACUCUGGACUGAUUGGACCUCUGCUUAUUUGUAAGAAAGGCACCCUAACUGAGGAUGGGAUACAGAAGAUGUUUGACAAGCAACAUGUACUGAUGUUUGCUGUGUUUGAUGAAAGUAAAAGCUGGAACCAGACAUCAUCCCUAAUGUACACAGUCAAUGGCUAUGUGAAUGGGACAAUGCCAGAUAUAACAGUUUGUAUCCAUGACCACAUCAGUUGGCAUCUGAUUGGAAUGAGCUCUGGGCCAGAACUCUUCUCCAUUCAUUUCAAUGGCCAGGUCCUGGAACAAAACCAUCAUAAGAUCUCAGCCAUCACUCUCGUCAGUGCUACGUCCACAACUGCAAACAUGACUGUGAGCCUAGAGGGAAAGUGGAUCAUAUCUUCGCUCAUCCCAAAACAUUUUCAAGCUGGGAUGCAGGCUUACAUAGACAUUAAAAACUGUGCAAAGAAAACCAGGAAUCCUAAGAUACUAACUCGAGACCAGAGGCGGCACAUGAAGAGAUGGAAAUACUUCAUUGCUGCAGAGGAAGUCAUUUGGGACUAUGCACCUAUAAUACCAGCAAACAUAGACAAAAAUUAUAGAUCUCUGCAUUUGGAUAAUUUCUCAAACCAAAUUGGAAAACAUUAUAAGAAGGUUGUCUACAAACAGUACGAAGAUGCAUCCUUCACCAAACGCCUGGAGAAUCCCAAUAUCAAAGAUGGGAUCUUGGGCCCUAUUAUCAGAGCCCAGGUCAGAGACACACUUAAAAUCAUGUUCAAAAAUAUGGCCAGCCGCAGCUACAGCAUUUACCCUCAUGGUGUGACCUUCUCUCCUUAUGAAGAUGAAGUCAACUCUUCCUUCACCUCAGGCAGUAACACCAUGAUCAAAGCAGUUCAACCAGGGGAAACCUAUACUUAUAAGUGGAACAUCCUAGAGUCUGAUGAACCCACGGAAAAUGAUGCUCAAUGCUUAACAAGACCAUACUACAGUAAUGUGGACAUCACAAGGGACAUUGCCUCUGGGCUGAUAGGGCUAGUUCUAAUUUGUAAGAGCAGAUCCUUGGAUAAGCGAGGCAUACAGAGGGCAGCAGACAUCGAGCAACAGGCUGUGUUUGCUGUGUUUGAUGAGAACAAGAGCUGGUACAUUGAGGACAACAUCUACAAGUUUUGUGAAAAUCCUGAGAAGGUGAAACGUGAUGACCCCAAGUUUUAUGAGUCAAACAUCAUGAGCACUAUUAAUGGCUAUGUGCCUGAGAGCAUACCCACACUAGGAUUCUGCUUUGAUGACACCGUCCAGUGGCACUUCUGCAGUAUGGGAACCCAGAAUGACAUUUUGACCGUUCACUUCACUGGGCACUCAUUCAUCUAUGGAAAGAAACAUGAGGACACCUUGACCCUCUUCCCCAUGCGUGGGGAAUCUGUGACCGUCACAAUGGAUAAUGUUGGAACUUGGAUAUUAACUACCAUGAAUUCCAAUCCAAGAAGCAAAAAACUGUGGCUGAGAUUCAGGGAUGUUAAGUGUAUCCGGGAUUACGAUGAUGACUUAUAUGAGAUUAUAUACGAACCUUCAGGAUCUACAUCCAAAACUACAAGGAAAAUGCGUGAUUCUUCAGAAAUCAAAGAUAAAAAUAAUGAUGCUGACUAUGAUUACCAGAACACACUGGCUUUAUUAUUAGGAAUCAGGUCAUUCAGAAAUUCGUCAUCAAAUCAGGAGGAAGAUGAGUUCAAUCUUACCUCCCUGGCUCUGGAGAACAACUCUGAAUUCAUUCCUCCAAGUACCAACAGAACUGUUGGUUCAAAUUCUUCUUCCCCAGGUAACAUUAGUAGGCUUAUUGCCAAUAACUUUGCACAACUUUUGAAAAUUCUUCCUCACUCAGAAGCCACCACAGCUGGUCCCCCACUGGGACACACCAGCUUAGAUAAGAACUCAGUUCUCAACCCUCCCACAGCAGAGCAUUCCAGCCCUUAUUCUGAAGAUCCUCUAUACUCAGAUGUCACAGGGAUAAGCCUGCUUCCACUUGCUACAGAAGAAUUCAGAAAUCAAGAACAUGCUAAACGUAAAAGAUUCAAGGCAGGAAGAGGCCGAGCAGCAAAGCAAAGGUUCUCCCAGAUGGAAUUCCCAGCACGUAAAACUGGUAGACAUUUAAGCCAAGGCAACUCUUCUUCUUCCAGAAUAGGGCCCUGGGAGAACCUUCCCAGUGAUCUGUUACUCUUACAACAAAAGGAUCCAUCUAAGAUUCUGAAUGAGGAAUGGCAUUUGGUUUCUGAGAAAGGCAGUUAUGAAAUAAUCCAAGAUGCUGAUGAAGACAAGGCUGUUAAUGAGCUGCCAAACAGCCCCCAGAAUGACUCAAGGACUUGGGGAGAAAACAUCCCUUUUAAAAACAAGCAUGGAAAGCAAAGUAGCCACCCAACACUUUUUGUAAUUAGACAUAAACCUCUACAAGGAAGACAAGAUGGAGGAAAUAGUAGCUUGAAGAAAGGCCUUUUUUUAAUUAGGACACGAAGAAAGAAAAAGGAAGAGAAGCCUGCACACCCCGUUCCUCUAUCUCCAAGGAGUUUUUAUCCUCUGAGAGUAGAGGCCAACACCCCAUCUUCAGAUGGGAGACAUAAUCAUUCAUUGUUACUCCAUACAUCCAAUGAAACAUCUCUUCCCACAGACCUCAAUCAGACAUUCCCCUCUAUGAACCUUAGCCUCAUAGCCUCACUUCCUGAUGGUGACCAAAACCCCCCAAAUGACACCAUUCAGACAAGCUCCCCUCCAGAUCUUUAUCAUACAGUGAGCCCAGAGGAACACUAUCAAACAUUCCCUAUUCAAGACUCUGAUCCAACGCACUCCACUACAGUCCCCAGUCACAGAUCUCCUCCUCCAGAGCCCAGCCAGAUACCCGACUAUGACCUAAGAAACAAGGCCUUCCCUGCUGAUGUUAGUCAAACAUUCCCUUCCUUGGAACUUGAAGUCUGGCAGACAACCACCUCUCUAGACCUCAGUCAGCCAUCCCUCUAUCCAGAUCUCAGCCAGACCACCCUUUCUCCAGACCCUGGCCAGGAGACUCUCUCUCCAGACCUCAGCCAGACAACACUUUCCCCAGUUCUUAGCCAGGAGACUCUCUCUCCAGACCUCAGCCAGAUGGCCCUUUCCCCACACCCUGACCAGGAGAUGCUUUCUCCAGACUUCAGCCAGACAACACUUUCCCCAGACCUUAGUCAGGAUACUCUCUCUCCAGACCUCGGCCAGAUGGCCCUUUCCCAAGAACUUGGCCAGGAGACUCUCUCUCCAGACCUCAGCCAGACACUUUCCCCAGACCUCAGCCAGGCUCUCUCUCCAGACCUCAGCCCGAUGGCCCUUUCCCCAGACCUUGGCCAGGAGACUCUCUCUCCAGACCUCAGCCAGACAACGCUUUCCCCAGACCUCAGCCAGACUCUCUCUCCAGACAUCAGCCAGAUGGUCCUUUCCCCAAACCUCAGCCAGGAGAUUCUCUCUCCAGACCUCAGCCAGACAACGCUUUCCCCAGACCUCAGCCAGACUCUCUCUCCAGACAUCAGCCAGAUGGUCCUUUCCCCAAACCUCAGCCAGGAGAUUCUCUCUCCAGACCUCAGCCAGACAACACUUUCCCCAGACCUUGGCCAGGAGACUCUCUCUCCAGACCUCAGCCAGACAACACUUUCCCCAGACCUUAGCCAGGAGACUCUCUCUCCAGACUUCAGCUCGAUGGCCCUUUCCCCAGACCUUGGCCAGGAGACUCUCUCUCCAGACCUCAGCCAGACAACGCUUUCCCCAGACCUCAGUCAGGAGAUUCUCUCUCCAGACCUCAGCCAGACAACCCUUUCUCCAGACCUUGGCCAGAUGACUCUUCCCCCAAACCUCAGUCAGAUGCCACUUUCCCCAGACCUCAACCAGGCAACUCUCUCUCCAGACAUCAGUCAGACAUCCCUUCCUCUUGAUCUCAGGCAGACAUCACCUCCUCUGGAUCUUGAUCAGACAUCCCACACUUCUGAAUUUAGUCAGUCAUUGCCUCUCCCAGAAUUUGGUCAGACUUUCCCUUAUGCAGAUCUUGGUCAGAUGCCAUCUCCUCCACCACACUCUCCACUAAAUAACACUUUUAUACCAAGAGAAUUUAAUCCACUGGUCAUAGUAGGCCUCAGUAGAGAUGAUGGAGAUUACAUUGAAAUUAUUCCAAGGCAGAAGGAAGAGAGCAGUGAAGAAGACUAUAGUGAAUUUGAUUUUGUGGCCUAUGAUGACCCUUACCAAACUGAUCUUAGGACAGACAUCAACUCCUCCAGAAAUCCUGACAACAUUGCAGCAUGGUACCUUCGCAGCAACAACGGAAACAGAAAAAAUUAUUACAUUGCUGCUGAAGAACUAUCCUGGGAUUAUUCAAAAUUUGCACAAAGUGAAGACACUGAUGAUGUUUUAAAGGACACCAUAUACAAGAAAGUAGUUUUUCGAAAGUACCUUGAUAGCACUUUUAACAAGCCUGAUCCUCGGGGAGAGUAUGAAGAGCAUCUUGGCAUACUUGGUCCUAUCAUUAGAGCUGAAGUGGAUGAUGUUAUCCAAGUUCAUUUUAAAAACUUAGCAUCCAGACCAUAUUCUCUUCAUGCCCAUGGGCUUUCCUAUGAAAAAUCAUCAGAGGGAAAGACUUAUGAAGAUGACUCUCCUGAAUGGUUUAAGGAAGACAAUGCUGUUCAGCCCAACAGCACUUAUACAUAUGUAUGGCACGCCACUGAGCGAUCAGGGCCAGAAAAUCCUGGCUCUGCCUGUCGGGCUUGGGCCUACUACUCAGCAGUGAACCCGGAAAGAGAUAUCCACUCAGGCUUGAUAGGACCGCUUCUGAUCUGCCGAAAAGGAACACUUCAUAAGGAGACCAACAUGCCUGUGGACAUGAGAGAAUUUGUCCUACUUUUUAUGGUCUUUGAUGAAAAGAAGAGCUGGUACUAUGAAAAGAAGCCCACGAGGUCUUGGAGACGCACAUCCUCAGAAGUUAUAAACUCCCAUGAGUUUCAUGCCAUUAAUGGGAUGAUCUACAACUUGCCUGGCCUGAUAAUGUACGAGCAAGAGUGGGUGAGGCUGCACCUGCUGAACGUAGGCGGCUCCCAGGACAUUCAUGUGGUUCACUUUCAUGGCCAGACCUUGCUGGAAAAUGGCACUCAACAGUACCAGUUAGGGGUCUGGCCUCUUCUGCCUGGUUCAUUUAAAACUCUUGAAAUGAAGCCUUCAAAACCUGGCUGGUGGCUCCUAGACACAGAAGUUGGAGAAAACCAGAGAGCAGGGAUGCAAACGCUAUUUCUCAUCACAGACAGAGACUGUAAAAUGCCAAUGGGACUAAGCACUGAUCUCAUAGCUGAUUCACAGAUCAAGGCUUCUGAGUUUUGGGGUUAUUGGGAACCCAAAUUAGCAAGACUAAACAAUGGUGGAUCAUAUAAUGCUUGGAUCGCAGAAAAACUUGCAAAAGAAUUUAACCCUAAACCUUGGAUCCAGGUAGACAUGCAAAGGGAAGUCCUGUUCACGGGGAUCCAGACCCAAGGUGCCAAACACUACCUGAAGUCUUACUACACCACCGAGUUCUUUGUGGCUUACAGCUCUGACCAGACAAACUGGCGGAUCUUCAAAGGGAACAGCACUAGGAACGUGAUGUAUUUUAAUGGCAAUUCAGAUGCCUCUACAAUAAAAGAGAAUCAGUUUGACCCACCUGUUGUGGCUAGAUAUAUUAGAAUCUCUCCAACUAAAUCCUAUAACAAACCUGCCCUUCGAUUGGAACUGCAAGGUUGCGAGGUUAACGGAUGCUCCACACCGCUGGGUAUGGAAAGUGGAAAGAUAGAAAACAAGCAAAUCACAGCUUCCUCAUUUAAAAAAUCUUGGUGGGGAGAUUACUGGGAACCCUUCCUUGCCCGUCUUAAUGCCCAGGGCCGUGUGAAUGCCUGGCAAGCCAAGGCAAACAACAACAAUCAGUGGUUACAAAUUGAUCUGCUCAAAAUCAAGAAGAUAACAGCAAUUAUAACACAGGGUUGCAAGUCUCUGUCCUAUGAAAUGUAUGUGAAGAGCUACACCAUCCAGUACAGUGACCAGGGAGUUGAAUGGAAACCUUACAGAGAGAAAUCCUCGUUGGUGGACAAGAUUUUCGAAGGAAAUAAUAAUAUCAAAGGACAUGCAAAGAACUUUAUCAACCCACCAAUCAUUUCCAGGUUUAUACGCAUCAUUCCUAAAACAUGGAAUCAAAGCAUUGCACUUCGCCUGGAACUCUUUGGCUGUGAUAUUUAAUAGAAUUGAUUAUUCUAAAAGAUAGGAGGGACUCAAAGAUAUCAAACCAUUUAGAGUGGACAAUGUAUUUUAGAGCCAUUUUAAAUAUUAAAAUUUUUCCACUAUUUCUCUUUUUUCUAUUAGAGAAUAAAAUUUUAUAUGU